AUGACUGAGAUAACCGCAGCCAACCGCGGUAAAGUGAACGAGAUGUGGCUGAACCCGGCUGCCGACGGGAAGAGCGAAGCUGCCGCCGCGCCACCACCGACGCAGCACACGAAGCUGUGCUUCAACACAUGCCGCCAGGAGCAGUAUCACCCAAACAAGGGGUACCGGCACCUCGCGCGAAAACUGCGGCAAGGCGGCACGGUAGACAUGAACAAGGAGGAUAUCACGCUGGACCGCUUGAGCGCCAACGACAUCGUCCUCUUCCCUGCGCCACAGACGCCCUUCUCCGAGGGGGACAUCAAGGUAAUUCGGCAGUACGUGGAGGGCGGUGGUUCUGUCAUGAUCCUCCUAGGCGACGGCCACGGGGGGCAGUACUCCUACCUCAAUAAGGCUCUCGAGGACUGGACAGGGAUUACCAUCAACGAAGAUUGCGUCGUGCGCACAGUGUUGCACCGCUACCUGCAUCCUAAGGAGGUACGGGUGACCAAUGGCAUCACGAACCGCGCUAUCAACAAGGCUGCUGGGAAGAACGUGUUCGGCGCUGUGGGCGGAUUGCCGCGCAGCGCCUUCGGUGGCGGGGCGGGCAGUGCGGUGGCGAAGGGCACCACGUCCACCAUGGGCCUCGGCUCUACACUUACGACGCUCAACCGUACGCUCGGUGGUGGGCAGGCAACAAAUGCGACGCUACUCGCGCAGGGUCCCCCUGCGGGUGGCACGGUGGCCAUGGCUGGCGAGGAGGCCGAGCUGGAGGCCACCAGUUUGGUCUUUGUGUAUCCGUACGGCCUCACCUUCAACGUACAGCGACCCGCCAUUCCGCUGCUCAGCAGCGGCUUCAUGGCGUACCCGCUGAACCGCCCGAUCGCGGCGGCGUGGGAGUGCCCAAAGGUGGUCGAGCACCUUGGCCGUCAGAAGCAGGGGAAGUUGCUGCUGAUCGGAACGGCGCAACUCUUCGAUGACGCCUGGAUUGAGAAAGAGGAGAACAGCGCGCUCGCCUCUGUCCUCUUUGACUACCUCAACCACAGGCUGAAGCUGAACCAGAUCGACGCCGACGAGCCGGAUAUUACAGACUAUCAUCACCUACCCGACACUGCCUCCCUUUCCGAACGGUUGCGCGUGGCUGUAGAGCAACACGAGGAGCUGCCCCGUGAUUUUACGCAGCUGUUCGAGCUAGACUCAUUCAAGAUAGACACGGACAAAAUACCGGAUGUAGUGGACACUUACUCAAAGCUGUCAGUGAAGGUCGAGCCGCUGACACUAAUCCCGCCAGAGUUCCAGACGCCACUGCCACCGGUGAAACCCGCGGUUUUCGAGGCGAUUCACCGCGACCCACCUGCUCCAGGCCUGGAUCUCUUCGACCUGGACGAGGAGUUCGCGCCAGAGCGGGUGCGACUCAGCCAGCUCACGAAUAAAUGCAAGGCGGACGACGUGGAGUACUACAUAUUGCAGGCGGCGGAGGUGAUGGGAGUGACGAAGAAGCUGCGCAGCCCGCGCAACCGUGACCCGCGCGCGUUGCUCGACUACGUGUUCCGCCAGGUAGUAGACUAUAAGAAAGUAAACAAUGGCCCCGUCGCGUCGCAGGAGGCCAGACUUGGUGGCACCACCGGGGAGGCCGGGGCAGAUAACGCCGCUGCCGCUGCCGCUGCUCAGAACAUGAUGCGCGUGAUUCGCGUCAGCAACGACGGCACCGGUGACGCAACCCCGUUCGAUGAGAAUCCUCGCUGGAGCCUCUAUCUGGAGGCGGACUUUGCCAAGGGUACCAUCGAGGGUCACCUUCAACUGCUGCGAGACUCGAGUCGCUUCGGUGCACAAGAGGCGCGUAUCGAGGGCGACAUCAAGCCACCAGGUGAGCGUGAGUACCCGAUGGAAUGGGGCGUCGUGCUAGACGCCGUCAAUGGAGAGCAAAUUAUCUACGUGUUUUUAGCAGUCAUUCAAGGCAACCAGUUGCGCGGCGUGUGUGAGCAGGGUGGCAGUGGCGGUGGCAACACCCGCAACUUCCUCUAUACGCUGGAGGAGCUGUAG